CGGAAGUUGGCUACUUCGGCCUGUCUCCGCCCAGCAGCGCGCUCUUUGAGUGCCCGGCUUCAGCCCUUGGUCCUGCGCGUUCGGGGGAGUGGCGCUUGGUUGGGCGCCUUCUGCGGUUUGAGAUUCCACCCAAACUCCUACCAGCAAGGGCGGCAUGGUAGGAGCCUCACACAGGAACUCUGUUCCCAUGAAGAACCCACUGGUGACUCGAACCCCGCCACCAUGAACGGGGUUUUGAUCCCUCAUACGCCCAUCGCUGUGGAUUUUUGGAGCCUGCGCCGGGCUGGCUCCGCCCGACUCUUCUUCUUGACCCACAUGCACUCGGACCACACGGUGGGUCUGACUAGCACCUGGACCCGGCCCCUCUACUGCUCCCCAAUCACGGCUUACCUCUUGCACCGUCACCUACAGGUAUCUAAGCAGUGGAUCCGAGCCCUGGAGGUUGGUGAGAGCCAUGUCCUGCCUCUAGAUGAAGUUGGGCGAGAGACCAUGACCGUCACCCUCUUGGAUGCCAAUCACUGCCCUGGCUCUGUCAUGUUUCUCUUUGAAGGAUACUUUGGAACCAUCCUCUACACAGGUGAUUUUCGGUAUACACCAUCCAUGCUGAAGGAGCCAGCCCUGAGACUGGGGAAACAGAUUCAUACCUUAUACCUAGACAAUACCAAUUGCAACCCAGACCUAGUUCUUCCUUCCCAAGAAGAAGCUGCCCGCCAGAUUGUUGAGCUCAUUCGAAAGCACCCACAACAUAACAUAAAAAUUGGACUGUACAGUCUGGGAAAAGAGUCACUGCUGGAGCGGCUGGCCCUAGAGUUUCAGACCUGGGUGGUACUGAGUCCUCGGCGCCUGGAGUUGGUACAGCUGCUGGGCCUGGCAGAUGUGUUCACAGUGGAGGAGAAGGCUGGCCGCAUCCAUGCUGUGGACCACAUGGAGAUCUGCCAUUCCGCCAUGCUGCGUUGGAACCAGACCCACCCUACCAUUGCCAUCCUCCCCACCAGCCGGAAGAUCUACCGCUCCCACCCGAAUAUCCACGUCAUCCCUUACUCUGACCAUUCCUCCUACUCGGAGCUCCGUGUCUUUGUUGCGGCACUAAAGCCUUGCCAGGUGGUGCCCAUUGUCCGGCGACAACCCUGUAGGGACUACUUUCAGGACAGUUUGAGCCCCAGGCUCUCUGUGCCCCUGAUUCCAGACUCUGUACAGCAAUACAUGAGUUCCUCCUCCAGAAAUCCAAGUUUUCUCUGGCUGUUUUUAGAAAGGAAGCUCAAGAGACUGAGAACCCAGGGUGUCGUGUUUGAAUCCCUUGAGGAAGAUGCUGAUCACUCUCAAGCUGACAGGGACUCAAAGAAGACCAAGAAUGAGAACCUGGCUGGGGAGCUUGAGAAGCAGCCCUCCCACCAUCCUUUGCAAGUCAAGAAGCAGGCGUUCCCAGAUGUCUGCAGCCGAGAAGGGGAGGGGGCAGUCCCUUCCUCUGAGUCCCAGAAGAUGGUAACUGUAGUAACUACUCCUUCGGGUUUUCCGCUGCACUUAAGGUCUACAAAUGAGAAAUUUCUUUCUCUGGAAACUGGGGAGGAAAUGGGUGUAGGGCCCUACUUGGUACGCAUGGGAGACAGUGUGGCAUCAGCAGCCACAGAGAACCAGAGAGCCUGGAUGGGCCAGGAUUCUCGCCUGUCUCCCAGCAGUGAGGCUGCCCCUCUUCUGGCUCCUGAGUUCAGGGGCCUGGCACUCAAAUACCUUCUGACUCCAGUGGACUUUAUCCAGACAGGAUUUUCUUCCAGGGUCUUCGACCAGCAAGUGGAAAAAUACCAUAAACUCCUGAGUACAGACUGGAGAGUACAAAAUGACAACCUUGUUUGAUCCAACUCUGCACCUUUUUUUCUUUUUUUUUGGGGGGGGGGGAGCUGCACUUUUUUUUUUAAUGCAUCAAGAGCUGUUUAUUUUCAAAGUUAGCAUUCUUUGUAUUUCCACCGCUAACAAAUGGCAGGCCACAGCCCUACUGUACUUUUGAAGAUAGUGGCAGAUGGCUUAUCCGGGGCCUUUUCUGUGUUACAGGCCCACCCUGUAACACACUUCCAGUGUGUUCAUUGGACUCCUGGUGCUUAUGGAAUCCUUAGUUCUCUAACUGACUGGGGUUUAAGAAACCCUUUCCAUUAUAAUACCUUUACAGUAUUUGUGAGCAUUUAAAGGUUCUGAGAAGUCCUAUAGGAACUUUUGAACUUUGUUUAACCCAGUAUUUCUGUAACCUUUUUGAACAUGUAUUCCCAUUUUGUGACUGCAGAGAGAGAUGAAGGGUCUUUUCAGAAAGGACCAGUUUAUUCCCCCUGUUUUGCAUGUCAUGUGUCAUUCCCCAUGUCCCCUUCUGUCUCUUCCUAGAUAAAAGCCCCUAGGUAGUUCUGUUCUUUAAUUCAGGAACUGUGGUGUGACCCAGGCAGCAUGCUCCAGUCCUGAAUGUCACUGACCCCAUCUAAGUCACUUCCUGUCUCUGCCUCAGGGAGGGAAUAGGAAGUGAUGAACGUCCUUAGAAAAGUAGAGAAAAAUUCCACCUCUCCUCCAUGAGAGUUUGCAGUUAGUGUCCCUGGGGACCUAACCUAGAAGAGAGCCGGGGGGACUGGACGCCCCUCACCAAGGCAGUACCUGGAACUCAGCCGACAAUUAGGCUGAGGGUUAGAAUGGGCCUCCCAGCCGCCUGGAGGCCCCGACUGUUUGGCAGAAUAAGGUUACAGAAGAUCAAAUAUGCUGCCAGGUAAUCCUGAUUGGUCACAUAGCUGGGAUAUUUGCUGUCCCUCUCCUCAGGUUGAGAGCCAGAGGACACAGCCUGUUGGUUUUAGUAUCCAGGGCAGAGACCAAGAAGCCAGCUGGUGGAAGGGGUAGGGGUGUGACGUUCUGCCCUGUCCUUCUGCUCACAGCCUGACAAUGCCAAACCAAUAAGCAAGACAGCAGAUACCAUGGUCUCAGAGGGCGCAGGCAUGUGGAGCUGGACAAAUGGAUAAAAACUGUUUCUCAGUGGAGCUCAAACCUUCCCAGUGAAGAGGCCUGUGUUUCUUUUCCAGCGGGGAGGAAAUUGUCUACUUCUGGAGGAAGAUAUGAAGAGUUUAGAACGCAAAAUAAGGCCUUUCUUUAGGGCAAGCUGUACACAGUUCUGUUUUGUCCGUGACCUUCACUGCAACCCUCCCGUGGGCCUAGUAGGAACCAUACUGGUGAGGCAUGUGGGGCAGCAGGGGAUGUGGCACUGUCCUGAGCAUGAGUCCAAGGCACCUGGGCAAAUAGAGAUGCCAGGCUUCCAUAAUGGAGCCUGUUUCUCAUCUGUAAACCAGGCAUUGAGAUGCUUGUGUGUGUGUGCUCAGUCGUGUCUGACUCUUUGCAACCCCAUAGACUGCAGCACCUGUCCAUGGGAUUUCCCAGACAAGAAUACUGGAGUGUGUUGCCAUUUCCGUCUCCAGGGGAAAUUCCUGACCCAGGGAUCGAACCCACAUCUCUUGUGUCCCCUGCACUGACAGGUGGGUUCUUGACCACUGGGCUACCUGACCUCUCCUGACUGCUGGAGCUUAGAUAAUUGGUCAGAUUCCUAGGUCAGUGCCUUCCACAUGAUGGGUAUUUCAGAUAUUGGUUGUCUUAGCCUCUGGUUCUUAAAAAAAAAAUUAUUCUCUGAUAAACUUUGGAAGUCAUAAACUAUAGAGAAGAAAAAAAUCAAACUUCUUCCAUGUGGAUCAACUGUCUUCUAGUCUUUUUCUGUGUGUGCAAAUAUAUUAAAUGUAUAAUUUUUUCCAAAUUGGGGUAAUACCAUAUAUAGUUUUAUAUCCUGCAUUUCACUUUAUUAAUAUCUUAAGCACUUCUUCAUACAAAAUGUCAUUUUAAUAGUUUUAUAAUACCCUAUUAUGGGUAUAUCUUAAUUAAACUAUUUGUUUUAUUUAUCA